GGCUGACUAAGCCAGUGAGGAACCCCAACUGCGCCUCAUUGCAACGAAGUCCACGGUGUAAAGUUUAAACUGUGUUCUGCAUCAACCACACUGGCCUAUCUCUGAUUUUAAAUGGGUCGCGACAGACUAGCAGCUCUCAGGGUAUUCACCUUUCUAGUCUUCAUGAUUAAACAUGCUGAUGGACACAUACUCAGGCGCAGCGGCAGGGUGCUACACCCGACCCAGGACAGGGGGACUAUGAGAUGCAAACCGACCCUUCCCCUUCUACAAACUGGGGCUGGUAAUGGUGCAGGAACUGACGCUUUGUCUGCUUUCUAUGCCGAAACCACCUCCAUCGAAGAAUCUAUCCAACAAUUUGAUGCGAAUGUCACUCGCGUCGCUGAACUGCACUCGCGCUCCCUGAACGCCCUUGAUGAUUCAGCAACGCAAGCGAAUGUAGUUCAGCUCGAACGCCUCACCGACGAGACCAGGCAGCUCAGCAACGGACUCGCUAACCGUAUUCGUGCCCUCGAGAAACCUGCUGGAGCUGGCCAAGAUGCUCAAAUUCGCAAGAACAGAAUUGAUUUUGUUCGGACAAAAUUUAUGGCCACCUUGCAGCGCUACCAAGACGUCGAGCGCCAGUACCGCCAGCAGUACCGCCAACGUGUGGAGCGACAAUUUAAAAUAGUGAAACCCGAUGCGACGCCUGACGAAGUUGCUGCCGUGGUGAAUGAUGAUCAAGGCGGAGGAAGCCAAAUAUUUGCGCAAGCGCUCACUUCGUCGAACCGAUACGGGGAUUCAAGGGCUGCAUAUCGAGAAGUGCAGGACAGACACCAAGACAUUCGGCGCAUUGAGCAGACCCUCGGAGAGCUGGCUCAAUUAUUCAAUGACAUGGCCACCCUUCUAGGCGAGCAAGAAGAGAAAAUUGACGCUAUCGAGACACAAGCUGCAGGUGUCGCACAUGACACCGAGGGAGGAAUGAAGCACACCGAAGUUGCAGUAAAACACGCCCGCUCUGCCCGACGAAAACGUUGGAUCUGCUUCUGGCUCACCAUCAUCAUCAUCCUCGCAGCUGUUGGCAUCGGAGUGGGUGUGUACUUCAGCCAGCAUCCAAAGUCGAGUUAGUCUAGUGGUUGAAGAAGCUAUGGAGUAUUGACGGGAGUAUUCGUGAAUGAAGACGGACAUGACUGAGUUGUAUACCCCUUACUUUCCUUUAUGAUGGCCGCUGCCUCCAUGCUUUAGUGGUACAUAGUUAUUGCAUAGUUAAGUUAAUACGGUCUGGUAUUUGGUUUGCCGAUAAAUAUAGCUGGUACAAGCAAGAUGACGAUAG